CUCAUGGAUGGGCCACCCUUUGUUAGUAUUCUCUCGCAAGCUCUCUGCAGAUUUCUUUAGAAAAAUGGGAGAUUCCUGAAAUCUCCUCUCCAGUGAAAUCUAUAAUAACAACCCCUAUGCCUAUCAAAACAGGCCAUGCCUAUCUUACAAUGCCUCCCUCUCUCCCAGCCAAACUUCCCUUUAUUGAUUUUCUUUUUAAGUGAAAAACUCAUUCAGAAAAUGAAGUUUACCUUUCUUGCGUGGUUCUUCAUCUGCUUGUGUGGUCAUGCCAUGUCAAACAUGGCUGAUGAAGGCAAACCCACAUCAAAACGGGAAGAUUUCAGCCUCUCAGAAACUGAUAAACAAGGACAAGUUCAUGGUCUAAACAGAACUCAGAGAUUGAAUGGAGAAGAUGAAAGAAAGGAAUACAAGGGAAACCAUGAACUUUUCCACUCAACAAUGAAGGGAAAGAAAGGGAAGGGAGUUUACGGGGGUGCAAACAUUGUUCACCGCCCACGCCAUCGUGAAAGAAAUGCUGCAAUAUUAACAGCAAAGCCUUCCUUCUUUGUGUCAGCCACCAUGUUGUGUGUGAGUUGGGCUUUGGUUCUCAUGUUCUUCCCCAUUUUAAGUUAAAUUAGGCACAAGAUGGACAUGAAAUUUUGAUAUCUUUCUUGGUGCUUAAAGGUACCGUUUUGGUGUAGCUUUUGGCAAGCAUAUCCUUGAACUACUUCGGAAUUUUGAUAUUGUUAAAUUGUUACCUUUUGUUUGGACUGGGAGGUUACGCUGGUAAGGGAAAGUAAGAGAGGAUUUUAAGGAAAUUUUACUUUGUUUGGGAAGGAAGAUUGGGAAGAGUUAAGGGAAUUGAGAGUUUUUGGGAGGUUAUUUGGGGGGUUUUCCUUAUUCAACCCCCCAAAACCCUCCAAUUUUCAACCCAUUGGGAAGGGUUAAAAAAAAUUUUAUUUGUUGAUUUCCUAUUUUGUCCAUAUCAAUUUUAGAAAAAGUUCAAAUUAUCUCUUCUUACUAUAAAAUAACAAGUUUUAUAAAAAGAAUAAUUUUGUAAUUUUUAUAUUUAACCUUACCUUCUAAUAUCAUCCAUCUAACAAAAUAAGAAUAUAAAAUCUUCAUUUACUUUACCUUCCUCUCAAAUAUAAAUAAAAUUAUUAUCUUACUAUCAUGUCAUACCUUCCUUUACCUUGCCUUACUUUAUUAAACUUCCGUUCACCCUAUCCAAACGAACCCUUAAUGUCAAUUGGUUUUGUGGUUAUUUGUGUGAUUUAUUAAGUGUUACUAGCCAACUAUAUGUUGGUUUGGCAUUAAGCAACUUAUAACACUUUCCAAAGGUUGAGACUUCAAGUCCUUUGUUUUGUAAUCCCUUCAAUGUAAAUAUUGAAUUUUUGUCUUAUAAAUGUUUGAGUUAGCCUA